AUGCAGGCCCUCAAAGAGACAUUCGCCCGAUGCAAGGAGGAGGGCAGAACAGCCCUCGUGGGCUACUUCACCGCGGGUUAUCCCACCGCCGAAGAGACCCCAGAUAUCAUGCUCGGGCUACAAGCCGGUGGCGUUGAUAUCAUCGAACUCGGGCUUCCCUUCACAGACCCCAUUGCCGACGGGCCCACGAUCCAAAAAUCAAACACUAUCGCCCUCGAAAACGGCAUUACCGUCACCUCAACCCUCCAAUUCGUCCGCGACGCCAGGAAAAAGGGCCUAAAAGUUCCCGUUCUCUUCAUGGGCUACUAUAACCCACUGUUGCGCUACGGAGAAGAUCGUAUGUUGAAAGACUGCAAGGAGGCCGGUGUCAAUGGAUUUAUCAUGGUCGAUUUGCCCCCGGAAGAGGCAGUAAGAUUUCGCAACAAUUGCACCAAGGCCGGGCUGAGUUAUGUGCCGCUGAUUGCCCCCGCGACGUCAGAGAAGAGAAUGAAGCUGCUAUGUCAGAUUGCCGACUCCUUCAUCUACGUCGUGUCUAGAAUGGGCGUCACGGGCGCAACCGGCACGUUGAACACCAAACUUCCUGAGCUGCUGGAGAGGGUACAUCAGUAUUCUGGUGGUAUACCUGCCGCGGUCGGAUUUGGUGUGAGCACCAGGGAGCACUUCCUGAGCGUUUCGCAAAUUGCUGAGGGAGUGGUGAUUGGUAGUCAAAUCGUGACGGUUUUGGGCAACGCGAAGCAAGGUGAACGGGCAAAAGCCGUACAAGAAUAUUGCUCCCAAGUCACUGGGAGGAAGCUCGGCGAUUUCAACACGACGGAUGGUCUAACGAGGGAAGUGGGUAUUGUAGAGACCAUGAAGUCUGCAAAGGAACCCAAUGCCGCGGCGAAUGGUCUCAACGGCCAUCAAGUGCAAGUCGACAAGGUUAUCACCGACGCUGAUGUCCCUUCGGAACCAGGUCUUGCUGACCAGCUCGAUGCCCUCAACUCGGCCACAAAUGGCACAGCCCCGAACCCUGACGCCAUUCCUGCCCGGUUCGGCCAGUUCGGUGGACAAUAUGUUCCCGAAUCAUUAAUGGACUGCUUGGCGGAACUCGAAGAGGGCUUCCAAAAAGCCAAAAACGACCCCGAAUUCUGGAAGGAGUACAAAUCAUAUUACCCUUACAUGGGUCGGCCUUCAUCGCUGCAUCUGGCCGAUCGGCUGACUGAACGAGUCGGCGGUGCGCAGAUAUACCUGAAACGAGAGGACCUGAAUCACACUGGAAGUCACAAGAUCAACAACGCCUUGGGGCAGAUUCUUCUUGCAAGGCGAUUGGGCAAGACACGCAUCAUCGCCGAGACCGGUGCAGGCCAGCACGGUGUAGCAACGGCAACCGUCUGCGCCAAAUUUGGCAUGGCCUGUGUUGUGUACAUGGGCGCUGAGGACGUACGGCGUCAAGCUCUCAAUGUCUUCCGCAUGAAACUUCUUGGUGCCAAGGUCGUGGCGGUGGAAGCAGGAUCUCGUACUCUUCGAGACGCAGUCAACGAGGCAUUGCGUGCUUGGGUCGUCGAUCUCGACACCACCCACUACAUCAUCGGUUCGGCUAUUGGCCCUCAUCCCUUCCCGACAAUCGUUCGCACUUUCCAGAGUGUGAUCGGUCAGGAGACCAAGGAACAAAUGAAGGAACUCACUGGCAGACUUCCUGACGCCGUGAUUGCCUGUGUCGGUGGAGGAAGUAAUGCUGUUGGCAUGUUCUUCCCCUUCAGCUCCGAUCCUUCGGUGAAGUUGAUUGGUGUUGAGGCAGCUGGUGAGGGUGUUGACACAGGCAGACACUCUGCCACACUCUCAGGUGGGUCGAUAGGCGUUCUCCACGGUGUGAGGACGUACGUGUUGCAGAACGAGCAUGGACAGAUCAGUGACACGCACUCUAUUUCGGCGGGCCUCGAUUACCCCGGUGUGGGACCAGAGUUGUCGAAUUGGAAAGACAUCUCUCGAGCCCACUUCAUCAGUGCGACCGACUCAGAGGCAUUGAUAGGGUUUCGCACGCUCAGCGAGACGGAAGGAAUCAUUCCUGCGCUGGAAUCAAGCCAUGCCAUCUUUGGGGCCAUGCAGGUUGCUAAGCAGAUGAGCAAGGAUCAGACACUAGUGAUCUGCCUGAGCGGACGUGGUGACAAGGAUGUUCAGAGUGUGGCGGACGAACUACCUAAACUAGGACCGGGCAUUGGGUGGGAUCUGAGGUUCUAG